UGGUACAGACCGGCACGCCCCGGACGCACGCCAGCGCCCGCCGCCGCAGCCUGGUGGUGCCGCGCGCCCGCUUGCGGGGCACGUCAGUCAUGCACAUGGUCAAGGCCAAGGGCUGGCGGCGCGGCCGUACGCACGGCUUGCACCGAGGCCUCCACCAGGCUCGCGGCGGCGACAUGACCGAUGGGGACUUCGAGAUCCAGCCCGAAGGCAGCGGGGACGCCCGGGCCCGGAAGCCGGGUCCUAGUAAGCCCCUGCCUGCCUUCCCGGCUUCGGAGGCUGCCUCAGAUGUUGAGCCUGACACCCAGGAAAUGGUUCGUGCCCAAAACAAGAAGAAGAAAAAGUCUGGAGGCUUCCAGUCCAUGGGCUUGAGCUACCCUGUCUUCAAAGGCAUCAUGAAGAAGGGCUACAAGGUGCCCACGCCCAUCCAGAGGAAGACCAUCCCGGUGAUUCUGGACGGCAAGGAUGUGGUGGCCAUGGCCCGAACGGGCAGUGGAAAGACAGCCUGCUUCCUCAUCCCCAUGUUUGAGAAACUCAAGGCCCACAGUGCCCAGACGGGUGCCCGUGCCCUCAUCCUGUCACCCACCCGGGAGCUGGCCCUGCAGACGAUGAAGUUCACCAAGGAGCUGGGCAAGUUCACCGGCCUGAAGACGGCCCUGAUCCUUGGGGGGAACAGGAUGGAAGACCAGUUUGCAGCACUGCAUGAGAACCCAGAUAUAAUCAUCGCCACCCCUGGGCGCUUGGUGCACGUGGCCGUGGAGAUGAACCUGAAACUGCAGAGUGUGCAGUAUGCUGUCUUUGAUGAGGCGGACAGGCUGUUUGAAAUGGGCUUUGCGGAGCAGCUGCAGGAGAUCAUUGGCCGCCUUCCCGAGGACCACCAAACCGUGCUGUUUUCUGCCACGCUGCCUAAACUCCUCGUGGAGUUUGCCCGAGCUGGCCUCACGGAGCCAGUGCUGAUCCGUCUCGAUGUGGACACCAAACUUAAUGAGCAACUGAAGAUGGCCUUCUUCCACAUCCGUGAGGAUGACAAGCCAGCUGUGCUCCUCCACCUCCUGCGCAACGUGGUCCGGCCCCAGGACCAGACUGUGGUCUUCGUGGCCACGAAGCACCACGCCGAAUACCUGAAAGAGCUGCUGACAGUCCAGGGCAUGUGCUGCACCCACAUCUACAGCUCCCUGGAUCAGACAGCACGCAAGAUCAACCUGGCCAGAUUUGUCCACGGCAAAUGCUCAGCCCUCAUUGUCACUGAUCUGGCCGCCCGGGGCCUGGACAUCCCCCUGCUGGACAAUGUGAUCAACUACAACUUCCCUGCCAAGAGCAAGCUCUUCCUACAUCGAGUGGGGCGUGUGGCCCGGGCGGGCCGAAGUGGGACAGCUUAUUCCUUGGUGGCCCCCGAUGAGGUCCCCUAUGUCUGUGACCUUCACCUCUUCUUGGGCCGCCCGCUCACCCUGGCCAUCCCCAAUGAGAAGCCCUCAGAUGCCUCCCCAGACGGCGUGCUGGGCCGCGUGCCUCGGAACGUGGUGGACGAUGAGGAGUGCCGCCUGAUCACCGAUCACGAUGUCUCCUCGGAGCUCCAGAGCCUGCGGCGGGUGGCCGAGAACGCCCACAAGCAGUACGUCCGUUCUCGGCCAGGGCCCUCCCCUGAGUCGAUCAAGAGGGCCAAGGACCUGGACCCCGCUCUCCUGGGCCUGCAUCCCCUCUUCAGCUCCCAGUUUGAGGACGAGGAGCUGGAGAGGAUGAAGCUUGUGGACAGCAUCAGGAGCUACCGAUCACGGGCUACCAUCUUUGAGAUCAACACUACCACGCGGGACCCAGGCAGCCGGGUGAUGCGGGCCAAGCGUAAACGAGACCACAAGGCCAUUGCCAAGUUUCAGCAGGGACAGAGUGAGCGACGGCAGGCCCCGCCUGACCCAGCCACCCUCCCCCCGAAGGGCCAGGACCCAGAGGAAGAGGAGGAGGAGAGUGUGGAGGGGGCAUUCUCAGAGGUGCUGGGCCGGAAGAGAUGGCGGCCCGAGGCGCCGGGCCAGGAGAAGAGGCGGCAGGAGCCCCAGCGUCGGGACGAGGAGUUCUACGUGCCCUACCGGCCCAAGGACUUUGACAGCGAGCGGGGCCUGAGCAUCAGUGGCGAGGGCAGCGCCUUCGAGCAGCAGGCAUCCGGCGCCGUCCUUGACCUCAUGGGCGAUGAGGCCCACAACCUGACCAAGGGCCGGCAGCUGCUGAAGUGGGACCGUAAGAAGAAGCGGUUCGUGGGGAAUACGGGCCAGGAGGACAAGAAGAAGAUAAAGACGGAGAGUGGCCGAUAUAUCAGCAGCUCCUAUAAGAGAGACCUGUAUCAGAAGUGGAAGCAGAAACACAAGAUUGGUGACCACGACUCGGAGGAGGAGGGAGAGGGAGAGGCCAAGAAGCCGAGGAAUCAAGCCCGAGGCCGCAGGAGAGGGAGAGGGGUGUCAGCAGCCAGUGGAACGUCGGGGGCCCAGGGGUGCGUGCGCUCGGAGCUGAAGAGCAAGCAGCAGAUUCUGAAGCAGCGCCGCCGUGCCGAGAAGCAGCGCUUCCUGCAGCGUGGAGGCCUCAAGCGGCUCUCUGCCCGCAACCGGCGCCGGGCCCAGGAGCUCCGGCAGAGCGCCUUCGGCCGGGGGCCUGGGGGCAACCGCAAGGGCAAGAUGAGGAAGAAGAUGUGAUGUCUCCCCCCUCCGCCACCUCCUCGAGGAUGAGGGAUCCCUGUCCAUCUAACCCCCCGCUGCCAGGGCUCCCGCCUGAGACCUGCGGUGGGGACAAGGCUGGCCCCUCAGGGCCCGGGCUGACUUUGGGCGCUGCCCUCUGGCUCCGAGGGAGUUAACAUGCUCUGCUUCCCCUCCUCCCUCCCAAGAGGAGAAACCUGUUCUUCCAGGCCAGGCGCACCCCGGGCACUCUGGGCCAGCCUUGAUCUCUUCACCACACCCCCAGAAGGGACUCCCAGAGAUGGGCGGUGGGGCAGGGAGGCAUUGCCGCCAGGCCUUACGCACAGCGAGUGCUCAAUAAAUCUUGAAUCACG